CAUCGGGUUUGCAAAUUUCACCAACCCUAUUUCUAACUUUGCUAAACGACAUACCGACCUUAGCUGCUUUUUACCCUACCUUUUUAUUUUUAACCAUACCUACCUCUACCAUACUUUUUCCCAUUAUUUCGCCCCAAAUAAAACGUAGAGUUUCUCUAGGGCUGCCAACCGUAUUCCCCCGCAACAUAUAUCGGAUAACGUUCUGCAUUGUCUGAUUAAAUCUUGUUUACCUCCUUUCUACGCCUGGUCCCUCGUUAGUUUUCCACGUUUUUUAGAGCCACUAAUUCCCUCGGCAUGGACAAAACCCCUGGGACACCUCCCAAUGAUGCCAGUGCGACCUCGACUCCUCCCGCUGAGGAGCCUCGGAGUCCAGCGUCGCCCGACCUCAAUGCCAUCAACUCUAUCAAUGUAGGAACGAGAAAAGAAAAAGGUCGAGUACGCUUUAAUAGUGUCGCCGGAGUCGAACCACCAUCUUUUUUUGAUUUAUCUGGUGUCUCGGCGACGCAAUCCCGCAAUGAUGUCUUAUCCUUACCUCCGCGGCCUAGGCCUUCGGUUUUGCGCGGGAAUUCCUAUAACUCGGUGACUAGUAUGCCCGAGUCUAUCGACGACGAUGAUCCUGAUUCCGAGAAAGUGAUGUCGGCCCACGCGGCACAGGAGCGUGCCCAGCAAAUCGCCGCCACCUUACUAGGCUCGCAAUCCGCCCCAGGGUCGACAAGAACCUCUCUGGAUUCGGAUGCCGAAACGGUGAAUAACGGUGGUGUCGGUGAUAUACCCUCUGGAUUUUCUAGUAUGGUUUUGGAUGACUACCCUAUGAAUACCGCGGAUAUUUCCAAUGGUGAAGCACACAAGAGUACCUCCGAGGAGCAUCGGUCCGUGAAGAAAGAAGCGUACAACCUUGUGCGUUCGCACACACGAAGGAAUAACCAUGGAUAUCAGCCGGCAACCGCCAGUACCGCUUUGAGCUCCGGCCAGAACACGCCGAUCGAUGGGCCGAAACAUGAGCUAUACGUAGCGCCACCGACGGAAUAUCGUCCCAGUGUCCUGUCCAAUCUCUUAAAGUUGUAUAAACCUGCCGAUUCUGGCCAGUCCAAUAAUUAUCCACCGAGCCGGAAGUCCGAGCAUGGUAGUGAAUUUACCACACCGGGCUCUUCUGGUGCUACUACACCUAACCGACGGAAAUGGUAUGAAAAGAACCGCUCUCAGGAUACUCUGGCCAAUUUGGUCGAAGCAUCUGCACGUCUCGCUAGUGCUGGGGUUAGCGGACCUGGAGCGAGCACCGCAAAGCCGAAGCGACCCAAGCACCGGCGCAGCCCGAGUGGACGGAUAUUGAGUUUUGGCCGACCACGGAUGGAAGACGAGAUUCGGAUCACGUUGCAUAUCGCGGAGACGCUGACUCGACAAAAGUACAUCAUUAAGAUGUGUAAGGCACUCAUGUUAUACGGAGCCCCGACUCACCGUCUCGAGGAGUAUUUGCGGAUGACGGCUAGGGUGCUUGAGAUCGAUGGACAAUUCCUUUACCUUCCCGGCUGUAUGAUCAUAUCCUUCGAUGACCGCUCGACCCAUACCACUGAAGUAAAAAUUGUUCGGACUAAUCAGGGAAUUGAUCUUGGAAAACUCAGAGAUGUUCAUGAGAUAUACAAGCUGGUUCUCCACGACAAGAUUGACCUGGAUGAGGCUAUUGAAUCCUUAACGAAAGUCAUGGACACCAAGGAUAAAUUUCACCCGUGGCUUAGAGUCCUAGUAUUCGGUCUAGCGAGUGCAUCAGUCGCUCCGUUUGCUUUUGAAGGACAAUUGAUCGAUCUCCCUAUCUGCUUUUUCUUGGGUUGCCUCGUUGGUACUCUGCAGAUUAUCGUCGCGCCUCGGUCCGAUCUAUACAAUAACGUCUUCGAGAUAUCUGCGGCCGUAUUAACUAGUUUUCUGAGCAGAGCAUUCGGUAGUAUUGCGGGUGGAAAGCUGUUCUGCUUCUCGUCCCUGGCUCAGAGUUCCAUUGCAUUGAUUCUCCCUGGAUGGUUUGUCUUGUGUUCUGCUCUCGAGCUUCAAUCCCGGGCUCUGGUACCUGGCUCCAUUCGUAUGGUUUAUGCCAUUAUUUAUUCGUUGUUCCUUGGUUUUGGCAUCACUGUCGGAACCGCACUUUACGGUUUGAUGGAUCCCAAGGCCACUUCGGCAACAACCUGCGCAAACCCGAUACCUACCUACUACCGAUUUUUCUUUGUGCCACUCUUUACUUUGUGUCUUGCUUUCGUCAACCAGGCAAAAUGGAAGCAGAUGCCUGUUAUGGUAGUUAUUGCUUUUGCCGGAUAUAUUGUCAACUUCUUCAGCAGUCCCAAAUUUGCAGCCAGUCCCCAAAUAGCCAACACGUUAGGCGCCUUCACCGUCGGUGUCCUUGCAAACCUAUAUUCACGACUAAGGCAUGGAGUAGCAGCAGCAGCUCUUUUGCCCGCUAUCUUCGUACAGGUACCCAGUGGCUUGGCGGCGACAGGAAGCCUUUUAAGCGGACUGAGCACCGCAAACGAAUUGAACAACUCUUCUGAACCAGUGAACGGGACUAGUACUAUCACAAUCGCGCAAGGCCAGCCUCUAGAUACAAUAGUGUUCAAUGUCGCUGCUUCGAUGAUUCAAAUAGCCAUUGGCAUUACUGUAGGCCUUUUCUUAAGCGCACUUAUCGUCUACCCAUUAGGCAAACGCCGGAGUGGUUUAUGGACCCUCUAAGGCUGUGCAAUGUUUGUCCUUUUGUGUUUCCAAAUUUCGAGUUCGGCGUUUGAGCGUGGGAGAAAAAAAAAAACAUUUUAUUCGAUUCAGCAAGCGAGCAUUGAGUUUCAAAAAUCCGUCGGCUUAUAGAGGAUAAACCUAGAUGGUGUUAUGGACAGCAGCAUAUAAAUGUAUAAUAUAGAGGUAUUGCGGAGGAAUUAGCCUCGCGGCCGGG